GGUCGGUUGUUUUUCCUCGACUACAGUUUUUCGUGUUAUUUCACUCGCUGACAUCGACGCUGCUUGUCUCUGUCCAUCACUGUUCCCUCUGCCUACCGGGGCCGUAAUAGUAACCGUCACUUCGGACUGCUGUUAUUCCAUCGACCGGCAAAGGGCUUGCAGAGAGAGGAACGACAGAGAAGGAGAGGGCGAGCGGAGAGGAUAAUUGCGUUUCUAGCUGCCCUGUGGGAACAUGGGAUAUAUGACCUCAUCAUUCACCUGUGAGGCUUUCGAACAGUAAACAACUUCCAGAGAGAGAGAGAGAGAGAGAUGACUGAGGUGGCUGUAGGAAGUAUGGAAGUCCUCCCAGAGUCCUGUGCUCGAACAGACUGUGGUGGUAUCAGCUGCCCCUCCCCUCCAGCCUGCCUGUCCCCCUGUACCAACCAGGACGAGGACGAGAGUCACCAUGAAAACAGAGAGCUGGAGCAGCAGAAACAGUGUAACCAGGUGCAACCAAAGAAGAAAGUUAAGCCCAAAGGGAAGUUGGUGCGCAGUAUGGCUAUAUGUGAGGAAUACUCCCCACCUGGAGACAGUGCCCAAGACAGUCAAACUUCUCUAGAAGCAAACACCUCAUCCAGUUGCCUUGACAGUGAGAUAACAUCCUGUAAGCAAGAACAGGAGAAGAGCAAAGACCCAAAGAAACAUUCAGUAUCCAAAGAAUCCAGUGUGGAGUACACAGACUCCACUGGCAUAGACCUGCACCAGUUUAUCGUCGACACCCUCAAUAGCAACCCCAGGGACCGCAUGAUGCUGCUUAAACUGGAGCAGGACAUGAUUGACUUCAUCACCAGCAAUAGUCCCUUUAAGAAGUUCCCCCACAUGUCAUCCUACCAUCGUAUGCUGGUCCAUCGGGUGGCGGCCUACUUCGGCAUGGAGCACAAUGUAGAUCAGACAGGCAAGUCUGUCAUCAUCAACAGGACCAGCAGCACACGCAUACCAGAGCAUCGUUUUCUAGAAGAGGUGAAUGAGGAGAGGACAGAGGAGAUCCACCAGUGGAAAGCUAUUCUGAAAAGAGACAACAGCUCAGACGACCAGUCCAAACUGCAUCCCUUACGGGAGAAGCAGAGCAAGUCAGUGGAGGAGAGAGAGGAGGAGUACCAAAGAGUGCGAGACCGAAUCUUCAACCAGGAGCCACUGUGCAGCCAGGAGAAUGUCCAUGCAGAAACCAGGGCUGUGGAGGAGUACAACCCAUAUGCUGAGACCCAGAAGAGAAGGCAGCUCUUCAGGGGGAGUCGUGACAACUCAGGCUCCAGCUGGACCGGCAGUAGCAGGCAGAGCAGCACGGAGACUGACUGUCGCUACAGCAACGACCCCCGGCCUUGGAGCAGCACCGACUCAGACUCUUCCUACCAGUGGACAAGUCCCGUCCCCAAGCACCGCCAAGCUGCUAAUCAUAGCUGGGACACACGGGGUACAGGCUCCAUCUCUCUUUUCAGAGUAUCUUCCACAUGCCCCCACCCCUCCUCUCCUCCCAUCCCCGAAGAGCCGGUCCCUGCAGCGAACUCUACCUACAUCAUGGAGAACGGGAUCCCGCCAGGAAGCAUAUUAGUGAACCCACAUACUGGUCAGCCUUUCCUGAACCCUGACGGAACCCCGGCUGUGUACAACCCUCCUGACAGUCAGCAGUCAAUCAGGAGCCAGUUCCAGCUGCCAGGCCCUGCCUCUCAACAGCAACAGGUGGUUCAGUACUCGUCUGUCUCUUAUGCAGCUCCACAGGUGUUGCCAGUCACUCCCUCACAGCCAUACUCUACACAGGUUGACGAGCUAUCCUCUCAGUUUGCUCAUGUAACAGUGAGCUGUCAGUCGAAGGGGGAAGCCCCGCCCCUCUGCACACCCAGUCACACCUAUGUCUAUGCAGCUCCGCCCCCUCCCCCUCCCCCUGCUUCUAACCCCCCCAGCUACUGCCAGCCUUCACCUCAGAUGCCUGUGUAUUACUAUAGCCAGUGCCCUACCUCAGCUCAACAGGCAUGCAGACCUCUCUCACCUAGCCAGCACAUCCACAGCCAAGCAGCACAACCGACAGGUUUCCCCCCUGCCCCAGGGGUGCAGCAGUCUUCCCACAGCCAAGGCACAGCUGUGAUGGGAACCUACUCACCGAUGUCCUCUCAUCAGUGUGGCGUGGUCCAGGGAGGUGUGUCGGUCUCCUAUCCUCAGAGUAACAUUAUGACUGCUGUGGGUGGGGAGGUGGGCUACUGCUACAUGGUGCCCCCACCGUCGCAACACAGCGGCUGCCAUCCUCCCAGCUGCACCAACCUCAGUGCCCAGGCCUGGAGCGCACAGUACUGAAAGAUACACAGUCAUGUUGACGGAUGCCUGAUGCAAUUUUUGUCCCUACGUGAACACAUGUACACACCCACAUACUAACACGCACAACACACUUUUUUCUUCACACUGCACCUUCCUUCACUCACUCCCCUUUCUGCUGAUGUUGCCUACAUUAUUCACACACACACACACACACACACACACACACACAUAGAGGAGCAUGAGCACGCAUACACUCACACACACACACACACAACACACCCACUCACAUAUGCCUACCACUGUACCAAAGCUAAAUAGUAUAUAUCAGAGCUGCUGUACUGAAUGCAUAAUUUAUAUACACAAAUGGAGUUUUAUAUUGAUAUUAAAUUAUAUAUUCUGUUUUAAUGAAAUGCAACGAGUGAAUAAAGUGCUGUGACUGCAUUGACAUGGUCACAUUUCUA